GCCGCGGCGGCAGCCUGUCCGGGUCCCGCCCAGACCCCCCUGAGGAGUCAUGAUGCUCUCUUUUGAGACCACUAGAAACCUAUCAGCAAGAGCUGUUAGGUAAAAAGCGCACCCUUCAAGUCGCCCUACAGCAGCAACCCAUUCAAAAAGGUCAAGGUGCAAGGCGACGUGACUCGCCACGCACCCAUGGCCGCUGCCGCUUCGGACCGUGGGUGCGUUCCUGCGGAGACAUUCACCUUCAACCCCAACGCGCCCGCGGUUGAGCCUGAGGCCACUUCUCAUUGGGAGCCGAUCGGCCCGUACUCAGAGUCCUUCGUGAUCUACCCCUCAGGACUCGCGUGCACGCGCGGGACUACGGUUUUCUCAUAUGCUCCUUGUUGGUCGCACGGCCGAUGCAACAACGUACAUGUCAGUUCAGGCGUUGAGGCCACUGCCAAGCCUUCUGUCUCGGAACUCGAUUCCUACCAGAAGGAGGUCGACGCCCAGCUGGCAGCGUGGCGCACGAUGGCACCAUCUUCCAGACUUUUUCUGCGCCGCCUUGCCCGUGUGGACGGUGCGGCGGCCGAGGCUGACUAUAUGAAGACAGUAUAGUCCCAGCUGACUGUUUGGCGGAGUGCGCUGCCGACCGCCAGACCUUUCGCACGCAAGCGGUUGUCCCUGGAUUCGUCAUCGCAGGCACUUGCUGCUUACGCUGCUGGUAUCGACCCCGUACUUUGUGAUUACCGUCGCACACCUUGCGACGCUGUUCCUGAUUCUGAAUCCCAGCGCCUUCCGUUUAAGUUUGCUCCGAACAGUUUCCGCCUUCCCGAUUGCUAUACCGAUGGAGAUCCUUGGAGGGAGUACCUUCGGCAGCGGUAGAAGCGGUAGAUGCCUUAGACGGGAGUAGGGUGGAGUGAUUGAGAGAGGAGCAGGAGUGUUUUCGAUGUUGCAUAGCUGUGCCGCCUUGUUCUCAUCGGUUGUAGAUUGCCAGUCGCUGCUCGUUCUUAUCAGGUGCAGGCGGUGCAGGAUUUGAUUUGAUGUUUCACAGCGCCGCUGUGCUAUCAUUGUCUGUAGUUGAGCCUGCACUCUGCUUUCGGUCCCUCGGCGUUUCGGUUCCCCUUUUCUUCGGUCGUGUCCCUCCGCUCGUUUGUCUGUGGUUCCUGGGGCCCUUCCCUCUUUCUCUUACGGCCCUUUUGGGCCCCUUCCGUCCCGCGUCGGCUACGUGCUUUUCUUGUUCCGGCGAUAGCCC